AUGACUGACUUACCUACAGCAAAUCCAACAACAAAGGCUGAAAGAUUGUACUGUGAAUCUCGGAUUAGGACUCGUAAUAUGGUGGAACGGACAUUUGGAGUUUGGAAACGAAGAUUCCAUGUCUUCAUUUUUGGACUCCGUUUGAAAAUGGAAACAUCAAUGGCAGUUAUUCAGUCCUGUGCCAUACUUCACAACAACGCUCGCUUGGCAAAUGACCCACAACCACCAGAUGAGGUUGAAAAUAUUACACAGUUAUUAACCAACGAAUUAGUGGAUAUAGAAGAUGCUAUCCAGCCAGAACAUAAUAAUUAUGGUCUGAGAAAUGCUCUUUUAGCCGAACAUUUUGGUCCUAUGUGA